GCGCCGCACCUGGAAUCAUUCGGCCCCGCCAGCUCGGCGGUCGGCCUCCUGUCACUGCAGGCACCAGCCAUGGUUCUGUUCCGUGGUUUGUAAGUUGGCAACCCACGUCCCCGCGGUGACUGUGGUCCUGAUGGCUGCGGCGGCGGCCCUGGCAGCUGCCGAAACCCCUCCCGCCAUGCCGCAGGCGGCAGGGGCCGGAGGGCCUACAGCCCGUCGCGACUUCUACUGGCUGCGCUCCUUCUUGGCGGGAGGGAUUGCUGGAUGCUGUGCCAAAACAACAGUUGCUCCUUUGGAUCGAGUAAAAGUUUUAUUACAAGCUCACAAUCACCAUUACAAGCAUUUAGGAGUAUUUUCUGCAUUGCGGGCCGUUCCCCAAAAGGAAGGAUACCUUGGAUUGUAUAAAGGAAAUGGUGCAAUGAUGAUUCGAAUCUUUCCCUAUGGUGCAAUCCAGUUUAUGGCAUUUGAGCAUUAUAAAACGUUAAUUACCACAAAGCUGGGAGUUUCUGGUCAUGUGCACAGAUUAAUGGCUGGAUCCAUGGCAGGUAUGACAGCAGUUAUCUGUACUUACCCUCUUGACAUGGUUAGAGUACGCCUAGCAUUCCAGGUGAAAGGGGAACACACCUAUACAGGAAUCAUUCAUGCAUUCAAAACAAUUUAUGCAAAGGAAGGUGGUUUCCUUGGAUUUUACAGAGGACUGAUGCCCACUAUAUUAGGAAUGGCUCCAUAUGCAGGUGUUUCAUUUUUUACUUUUGGUACCUUAAAGAGUGUUGGGCUUUCCCAUGCUCCUACCCUUCUUGGCAGACCUUCAUCAGACAAUCCUAAUGUCUUAGUUUUGAAAACUCACAUUAACUUACUUUGUGGUGGUGUUGCUGGAGCAAUAGCACAGACAAUAUCAUACCCAUUUGAUGUAACUCGUCGGAGAAUGCAACUAGGAACUGUUCUGCCAGAAUUUGAAAAGUGCCUGUGUCAUCAUUUAACCAUUGUCUUUCAGUACCAUGCGGGAGACUAUGAAGUAUGUCUAUGGACACCAUGGAAUUCGAAAAGGAUUAUAUCGUGGUUUAUCUCUUAAUUAUAUUCGGUGUAUUCCCUCUCAAGCAGUGGCUUUUACAACAUAUGAACUUAUGAAGCAGUUUUUUCACCUCAACUAAAAAAAAUUGCGGUUUGUGGUUUAUUUUCCUUAAUAAACUCUCAGAGAAAAAUGUUACUUUAAUUGUGAAGCAAACAUUACUUGAAGGGGGAUAUUUACCCUGUCACAGGAACCACUGACAUUACUACUUGAUUUUUUUUUUUUUUAAUUCACAAAUCAAAAUUGCUUUUGAUGCCAAUAUCCUUUCUGAUGCCAAACAUUAUACCUUUGAACAUUGAAAAAAUAUUACUAAGCUGAUGAUGCUAAUCAUAACAGGUUAUUUGAAACCAUUUUAAAGUGUUAUUUGGGAGCAAAACUAACUUAAAAUGGAGCUUAAGAGGUUGCCAUUAGCUUUAUCUUACUAUUCCAAACUUCUUCUUCUUUUUAUUUUUGCAGUGCUGGGGUCGAAUCCAGCACCUCACACAUGCCAGGCAAUUGCUCCAUCCCUGAGCUAAAUUCCCAGCCUCCUGUUCAAAGAUUUUAAUUGUAAUCAUGAUUUUUUUUUUUUUUUUUUAAUGCUGGGGAUUGAGCCCAGGGCCCUAUACAUGCUGAGCAUGCACUUGACCACUGAAUGAUUCUCCAAGCCUGUAGUCAUAAUUUUGUAAAGAGUCUUUGAACAUUUUGUUUAUAUUAUAAAAUAAACAAGUUUGAUUAUAUUGUAGCAGAACAAUAAGAACUGAAUUUUUAAGUUCUAUAAAAUAUAGCCAGCAUUCAAGUAUUAUUAUUUCUCUUCUUAUGAAUGUGUUUCACAAGAUAAAAGAACACUUUCUUUUUAGUAAAAUAAAUAUUGUAUUUAAAAGUAGAAACUUGCUGGAUGCAGUGGCACAUACCUUUAAUCCUAGUAGCUCGUGGGGCUGAGGUAGGAGGAUCACAAGUUCAAAGCUAGCCUCAACAGUUUAGUGAGGCCCUAAGCAACUUUAUGAGACACUUCUCAAAUUAAAAAAUUAAAAGGGCUGAGGAUGUAACCAGUGGGUUCAAUCCUCAGUAUGUCCCCCCCCCCAAAAAAAAAAAAAACUAAAGACUCAAGAUGGGUAUGUUGGGACACACCUCUAAUCCCCGUGGCUCCAGAUACUGAGGCAGGGGGAUGGCAUGGCAAGUUGAGUCCAGUCUUGGCAACUUAGGAAAAACCUGUCUCAAAACAGGAAAAAAAGGUCUAAGUAUGUGGCUCAUUGGUAGGGCACCCCUGCAGUCAAUCCUCAAUACAUCCAAAAAAAAAAAAAGAGUGAGAGAGACUAAAUAAUCAUCAGGUUUUGCUCAAAUGUUAUGACCAGGUACCAUGAGGCAUUUACAUGUGUUUUUAAAAUUCAGUGUAUUUCCCAAAGGCAGUAAUAAUAAACCCGAAUAUCUUUGCUCUCAAAAAGAGUAUACUAUAGAUUUAUUCUUAUUAGAUCAUUUGAUGUCUACUAGAAAAUUUAUUUAAGUGGACUGUGAAAUAUACAUUAAUGUAGAUGUGUGAGUAUCAAAGAAUGUGCCUAAGGUAUUAUGUCAUGAUGAUACAUCAAGUAGUUCUUCCAUGUAAAGUAAUUUUAUUACAAUAUAAAUUUAAGUAGAAAAAUAAGAUAUGGUCUGAUUGUUAUCUUUUAUAUUAAGAAAACAUUUUAAAUGUAAUAAUUCCAUUUACUGUAUUUAGAGCACUUUUUAUGUUUUAUUGUAAGCAUGACAGAAAUGGGCAGGGAACAAUUAAAAUUCUAUAUUGAGAAAUAGUGAUUUGUAGAAAUUAAUGUGAUUUUUAAGACAUUAGAAAAGUUGAAAGUGUUAUUUCUGCAUCAAUUAUUAUUUUUUGCUUAAAAGAUUUCUUGUCAUACUUUAGUAAAAAUUUAAUGAACUGGUUUCAUUUUCAAGUCUUUAUUUUAAAAAUAAAUAUGUAUCUUUGUAUGAUUUGUAAGUGUACCAGCCAGUAGAAAUACAUGUGUUUCUAAAAGUAUUUUGUAUAUUUUCAUUUCUGGGGCACACUGUAGGUAACUGUUAUCAUGAGAUCUUGAGAUAAUUUAAAUGUAUAAAAUAAGUAUCUCAGUUAUGUUAUCAAUUAAAGGGAACUGCAGAUAUUUUUAAGUAAAAAAUUGCAUUCUAUGUCUGUUACAGAAUACACAGGAUAUUGAAAAUAAAUUUUAUUCUUGUUUUGAUGGUU